UUCGCUUUCUUCGGGCCUAAUAUUCAGCGGCCGGGUAGGCCUUGCCAGAGCCUCCUUUUCGUGCGGCCACCCGGGAUUCUUGCCCUGAUUUUCUGUCUGAGAGAUGGCCUCGCCGAGUCCCCCGCCACAGCCAAAGGGCUUGCUGACAUUUGAGGAUGUGGCUGUGUUUUUUACCCAGGAGGAGUGGGAUUAUCUGGAUCCAGCUCAGAGAAGCCUGUAUAAAGAUGUCAUGAUGGAGAAUUAUGGAAACCUGGUCUCACUGGAUGUUUUGAACAGAGAUAAGGAUGAGGAACCAACUGUGAAACAAGAAAUUGAGGAAAUUGAGGAAGAAAUGGAACCACAGGGUAUAAUAGUUACAAGAAUCAAAAGUGAAAUUGACCAGGAUCCCAUGCAUAGAGAAACCUUUGAACUUGUUGGUAGGUUAGAUAAACAAAGAGGAAUCUUCUUAUGGGAAAUACCAAGGGAAUCUUUGACCCAGGAACAAAGAAUGUUCAGAGGAAACACUAACAUUAUCCGUAAGAGACCAAAUUCAGAAGAGAAAUGUCAUAAAUGUGAAGAAUGUGGAAAGGGUUUUGUCCGUAAGGCUCAUUUCAUUCAACAUCAAAGGGUCCAUACUGGAGAGAAACCUUUCCAAUGUAAUGAAUGUGGGAAAAGUUUUAGUCGCAGUUCAUUUGUUAUUGAACAUCAGAGAAUUCACACCGGGGAAAGGCCCUAUGAGUGUAAUUACUGCGGAAAAACCUUUAGUGUGAGCUCAACCCUUAUUAGACAUCAGAGAAUCCACACUGGAGAGAGACCCUAUCAGUGUAAUCACUGUAAACAGAGCUUCAGCCAGCGAAGAAGCCUUGUUAAACAUCAAAGGAUUCACACAGGUGAGAAACCCCAUAAAUGUGGUGACUGUGGGAAAGCCUUCAGUUGGAAGUCACACCUGAUUGAACAUCAGAGAACACACACUGGUGAGAAACCCUAUCACUGUACCAAAUGUAAGAAAAGCUUUAGUAGAAAUUCUUUACUUGUUGAACAUCAGAGAAUUCACACUGGGGAAAGACCUCAUAAAUGUGGUGAAUGUGGGAAGGCCUUUAGAUUAAGUACAUAUCUUAUACAACACCAAAAAAUCCACACUGGUGAGAAACCUUUUCUUUGUAUUGAAUGUGGAAAAAGCUUCAGUCGGAGCUCAUUCCUUAUUGAACAUCAGAGGAUCCAUACAGGUGAAAGACCUUAUCAGUGCAAAGAGUGUGGGAAAAGCUUCAGUCAACUUUGCAACCUUACUCGUCAUCAGAGAAUUCACACAGGGGACAAACCCCAUAAAUGUGAGGAAUGUGGAAAAGCCUUUAGUAGAAGCUCAGGUCUUAUUCAGCACCAGAGAAUCCACACCAGAGAGAAGACUUAUUCAUACAAUGAAACCAAGGAAAGUUUUGACCCAAAUGGCGGUCUUGUUAUACAACAGGAAGUCUACCCUAAGGAAAAAUCUUAUAAAUGUGAUGAAUGUGGGAAAACUUUCAGUGUCAGUGCUCAUCUUGUGCAACAUCAAAGAAUCCACACUGGUGAAAAACCCUACCUAUGUACUGUAUGUGGGAAAAGCUUCAGUCGGAGCUCAUUUCUUAUUGAACACCAGAGAAUCCACACUGGAGAGAGACCCUAUCUUUGCAGACAGUGUGGCAAAAGUUUUAGUCAACUUUGUAAUCUUAUUCGACAUCAGGGUGUUCACACAGGUAAUAAACCCCAUAAAUGUGAUGAAUGUGGGAAGGCCUUUAGCCGGAACUCCGGCCUGAUUCAGCAUCAGAGAAUACAUACAGGAGAAAAACCUUAUAAGUGUGAGAAGUGCGACAAAAGUUUUAGUCAGCAGCGCAGCCUUGUCAACCAUCAGAAGAUCCAUGCAGAGGUGAAAAUUCAGGAAACCCAUGAAUGUGAUGCUUGUGGUGAAGCCUUCAAUUGCCGCAUUUCUCUUAUUCAGCAUCAAAAAUUGCAUGCUACAUGGAUGCAGUAA